UCUCCCCCUAUUUCCCUCGCUUUCCCUCCAAGCUACUGUUCAAUGUCAAAACCGCCAUUUCUCCCAAUAUUCAAACAAUCAAAAAUUUAAAGAAUCAUGAAUUACGAACAGAGACUCACCGCAGCAGCCACUGAUUUACUCGAUUCCGACGCACGCGCCGGUGACGUGACCAUAAACACAUCAGAAAUUGGAGUCACAGCUAAACUGAAACCUCACCAAGUGGAAGGUGUCUCCUGGCUUAUACGGAGAUAUAUUUCCGGCGUUAAUGUCAUUCUAGGAGAUGAGAUGGGGUUGGGGAAAACUCUGCAAGCUGUAGCUUUCUUAAGUUAUUUGAAAGCUAAGAAGAUGUCACGUGGCCCGUUUUUGGUAUUGUGCCCUCUAAGUGUUACUGAUGGUUGGGUCUCAGAGAUGACCAAAUUUGCUCCGAAAUUGAAGGUUCUGAGAUAUGUAGGCGACAAGGAGCACCGGAGGAAUCUACGCAAGGAAAUGUAUGAGUAUGUUAAAGAACAUUCCUCGUCGACUGAUGGAUGGACAUUGCCUUUUGAUGUGCUGUUGACAACCUAUGACAUAGCAUUGAUGGAUCAAGAUUUUCUUUCUCAAAUUCCUUGGCAUUAUGCGAUAAUUGAUGAAGCUCAACGACUUAAAAAUCCUAAUAGUGUUCUCUAUAAUGUCCUUAAAGACCGCUUCCUCAUGCCAAGGCGGCUAUUGAUGACCGGCACUCCAAUCCAGAAUAAUCUCACAGAGCUCUGGGCUCUGAUGCAUUUUUGCAUGGCUUCUGUUUUUGGGACACUCGGGCAGUUUCUUUCCUCAUUUAAAGAAGCUGGAGAUUCUACAUCAGAUCUUGAUGGAGCCAAGGUCACGGGACAAUUUAAGACUUUAAAAUUCAUAUUGAAAGCUUUCAUGCUUCGAAGAACAAAAUCCAAGCUUAUAAAGUCUGGAAACUUGGUGUUGCCACCACUUACUGAGUUUACUGUGAUGGCUCCAAUGGCCAGUCUACAGAAGAGUGUUUAUAUGUCAAUAUUGAGGAAGGAGCUUCCAAAACUUCUUGCAUUGUCCUCUGCAGUUUCUAAUCCCCAGUCUUUACAGAACAUUGUUAUACAACUAAGAAAAGCAUGUAGCCAUCCUUAUCUGUUUCCUGGUAUUGAGACUGAGCCAUUUGAAGAGGGUGAACACCUGGUUCAGGCUAGUGGGAAGCUUAUAAUUUUGGACCAAUUACUUCAGAAACUUUAUGCUUCGGGACAUCGUGUCCUUCUCUUUGCUCAGAUGACCCAUACACUUGACGUCUUACAGGAUUUUCUGGAGCUGCGCAAAUAUUCAUAUGAGCGUCUUGAUGGUUCAAUUCGUGCUGAGGAGCGGUUUGCUGCCAUAAGAACUUUUAGCAGGCAAUCAGGAGCUUUGAAAUCUGAAGUUGAUGAAAAUAAUGCCUUUGUUUUCAUCAUAUCUACAAGAGCUGGGGGAGUUGGAUUAAAUCUUGUUGCGGCAGACACGGUUAUAUUCUAUGAGCAAGAUUGGAAUCCCCAAGUUGAUAAGCAGGCUUUGCAGCGGGCACAUCGAAUUGGUCAGAUGAAUCAUGUGUUGUCAAUAAACCUGGUCACAAGACAUACCAUAGAAGAGGUAAUUAUGCGAAGGGCACAGAAAAAAUUGCAGCUCAGUAAUAAUGUUGUGGGGGAUGAUGUUAUGGAACAGAAAGGGAGAGUUCCAGUGGGAGUUGAAACAAUUGAUUUGCGAUCUAUCAUAUUUGGGUUACAUAUGUUUGAUCCUUCAGAGAUCACUACUGAAAAGCUGGAUGAACUAAACAUGCCAGAAUUAAAUGCCAUGACAGAUAAAAUAAUUGGAAUACGUGAUGACCAGAGAUUGGGAAAGGUUGAUGGUAAAUAUGAGCUAGAUCAAGUUGAUCAAACAAAAGGAUUCGAUGUUGUUACUCAAGAGAACUCUGCUUUUGUUGAUUAUGAUCCUGGUCUUGAUGAGGCAUCUUAUCUUUCCUGGAUUGAAAAAUUUAAAGAAGCGUCCCGAUCAAGUAGCAAUGUUGUCUUGGAUCUCAGACAUAGGAGAAACUUACCUGAGGAUAAGCAACUUAAGCUUGAGGCAGCAAAGAAGAAAGCACAUGAAAAAAAGUUAUCCGAGUGGGAAUCCCUUGGAUACCAUUCAUUGUCUGUUAAAGAUCCUGACAAAGCUGUGGAUGAUGAUGUAUUCUCAGGUUCAGAUUCUCUUCAUUUUGUUGUUGGAGAUUGUACAGAACCAGCAAAAGUCUGCCCAUCUGAGCCCUCUAUCAUAUUCAGUUGUGUAGACAACUCUGGAAAUUGGGGCCAUGGAGGAAUGUUUGAUGCAUUGGCCAAACUGUCUUCAAGCAUCCCCAAUGCAUAUGAACAGGCAUCUCAGUUCGGGGACCUCCAUCUUGGUGAUCUCCAUCUUAUAAGAAUUAAUGAGGACUCUGAGACACAAAGCAUGGAAGGCGAUUCUCCCCAAUGGGUGGCUUUGGCUGUUGUACAAUCAUAUAAUCCAAGGCGCAAAGUACCUCGCAGCGAUAUCUCAAUUCCCGACUUGGAGCGUUGCCUAUCUAAAGCUUCUUUUACGGCAGCUCAAAAUUCUGCCUCAAUCCACAUGCCUCGGAUUGGAUAUCGAGACGGAUCAGAUCGGUCAGAGUGGUAUGCAGUGGAACGCCUUCUACGAAAAUAUGCUUCCAUUUAUGGAAUAAAGAUCUAUGUGUAUUACUAUCGACGAUCUUCUUGAAGCUUUACAGUAUAAGUAGUAGGCUGUUUAAUGGAGUUUCUCAUGAGUGGCCUGAUAAGAGCUUUACUCAAGCUUGUUCUAAAUGAAUUGAGCUCGAGUUCUCUUUAUUUAUUUAAACAAGCCGAGCUUGAGUUUGGUAGUGUUUGACUCGUAUAUGUUCACGACCAUCUUGUAUAUGAGUUCGAGUAAGAGCCGGUGAACUGGCCCGUGAAUGAGUUAAAUUAUUAGUUAUUAGAUAAUUUUAAUGGUGUUUUGAAAUAUAAAUUGUUAGGUAUUCUUCUU